ACGCGACCUGACGGCUACAAAACCUGACGUCACCUCUGCUCGACACAUCUUUGUCAGUGAACAAAAUGGCGAUAUACUGUCUUACCGUUGCCCGGCUCCAGCUUGCCCUGGGCCAGGGUGUGCGGCGCAUGCACGUGUCUGCAGCCUUCAAUGCCAAGGCCAAAGUGUCAAUGAGCCGCUUUGAGCCCAGCAACUACGUCAACUAUGAGAAGCUCAAUGAGAAUGUCAACAUUGUGCGCAAGAGACUCAACCGUCCCCUCACCCUCUCAGAAAAGAUUGUCUACGGCCAUCUGGAUGACCCUGUGGGGCAGGACAUUGCCAGGGGCCGUACAUACCUGCGUCUGCGGCCGGACCGCGUGGCCAUGCAGGACGCCACAGCCCAGAUGGCCAUGCUGCAGUUCAUCAGCAGUGGCCUUCCCCAGGUGGCUGUGCCCUCCACCAUCCACUGUGAUCAUCUGAUCGAGGCCCAGAUUGGAGGAGCCAAGGACCUGGCGAGGGCAAAGGAUAUUAAUGCGGAGGUGUAUAACUUCCUGGCCAGUGCUGGAGCUAAAUAUGGAGUGGGCUUCUGGAAACCAGGCUCUGGCAUAAUCCAUCAGAUCAUCCUGGAGAACUAUGCCUACCCAGGGGUGUUGCUGAUUGGCACAGACUCUCACACACCUAAUGGUGGUGGACUGGGCUCCAUCUGCAUUGGAGUGGGAGGGGCUGAUGCUGUUGAUGUCAUGGCUGGCAUCCCCUGGGAGCUCAAGUGUCCCAAUGUUAUUGGGGUGAAGCUGACAGGCAAGCUGUCAGGAUGGACAUCCCCCAAGGAUGUGAUCCUUAAGGUUGCUGGGAUUCUGACCGUAAAGGGAGGUACUGGAGCCAUUGUGGAGUACCACGGACCUGGGGUGGACUCCAUCUCCUGCACAGGAAUGGCCACUAUCUGCAACAUGGGGGCUGAGAUUGGAGCCACUACCUCUGUGUUCCCCUACAACCACCGCAUGAAGACCUACUUGGAGAAGACUGGCCGUGGAGACAUUGCUGCCCUGGCUGACAAUUACGCUGAUCUGCUGGUUCCUGACGCGGGCUGUGAGUAUGACUCAAUGGUCGAGAUCAACCUAGAUGAGCUGAAGCCCCACAUCAAUGGGCCCUUCACCCCUGACCUGGCCCACCCCAUGGCAGACAUUGGGGCCACGGCAGUGAAAAAUGGCUGGCCCCUGCAGGUCAAAGUGGGUCUGAUUGGCAGCUGCACCAACUCCAGUUAUGAGGACAUGGGCCGCUCUGCCUCCGUGGCCAAACAGGCCCUGGACAAAGGUCUGAAGUGCAAGGCUGCGUUCACCAUCACCCCCGGGUCUGAACAGAUCCGCGCCACAAUCGAGCGAGAUGGAUAUACAAAGAUCCUUGGUGAUGUUGGUGGAAUGGUCCUGGCCAACGCCUGUGGACCCUGCAUUGGACAGUGGGACAGGCGUGAUGUGAAGAAGGGAGAGAAGAACACCAUCGUCACAUCUUACAACAGGAACUUCACCGCCAGGAAUGACGCCAACCCAGCCACACACGCCUUUGUCGCCUCCCCUGAGAUCGUCACAGCCCUGGCCAUCGCAGGAACCCUGGAUUUCAACCCCGAGGUUGAUUACCUUACGGCCGCCAAUGGAGAGAAGUUCAAGCUGAAGCCCCCCAGUGCAGACGAGCUGCCCAAGUUGGACUUUGACCCCGGUCAGGACACCUACCAGCACCCCCCUGCCGAGGGUGGCUCAAAACUGAGGGUGGACGUCAGCCCCACCAGCACCCGGCUGCAGCUGCUGGAGCCCUUUGACAAGUGGGCCGGAGGUGACCUGGAGGACCUGCAAAUCCUCAUCAAGGUGAAGGGGAAAUGCACCACAGACCACAUCAGCGCCGCUGGUCCAUGGCUCAAGUUCCGUGGUCACCUUGACAACAUCUCCAACAACAUGCUAAUUGGAGCAGUCAACAUCGAGAACGACGGCGUCAACAAGAUCAAGAACCAGCUGACAGGAGAGUACGGCGGUGUGCCUGACGUCGCCCGCCAUUACAAGGCCAACGGUCUGUCGUGGGUGGUUGUGGGAGAUGACAACUACGGUGAGGGAUCCAGCAGAGAGCAUGCAGCCCUGGAGCCCAGACACCUGGGAGGAAGAUGCAUCAUCGUCAAGAGCUUUGCCAGGAUCCACGAGACGAAUCUGAAGAAACAGGGAAUGCUGCCCCUGACCUUCCAGAACCCCGCUGACUACGACAAGAUCCGCCCAGACGACAAGAUCUCCAUCAAAGGACUUGCAACCUUCGCCCCAGGAAAGCCCCUGUCUACAGUAGUGAAGCACAGUGACGGCACCAAAGAUGAGUUCCAGCUGAACCACACCUUCAACGAGACACAGAUCGAAUGGUUUCAGGCCGGCUCGGCCCUCAACAGAAUGAAGGAGCUCCAGUAACUUGAGAGAGGGAAGAAGAGCUACGAAGACAGGGGGAGGGGUUGAGAGGACAAGGGACAUGCUGUGUUUUAAAGAUAUGGGAUGUCUCAAUAGUCUUGAAUGGCUUCCUCCCUCUCCUUAUGUUUAUCACUGAUCUGUAAGGUAAAAGUACUUUUUAAUAUGAGCUCCGUUUAACCAAUCAGUGAUGAGGGAGAGGAGGCGACUUAAGAGUUUUGAGACGUGGUAAAGAAUAAAAUAUAUGACGAUUCCGGUCCAGUACAAUCAUCAACCACUGCAUGUGACAUCCACUGCCCUGCACUGUAUAUACAAGUCAAGCUCAAACCACAGAACUUUUCAUAUGUAAGAAACGCAUCAAACUUUGCAGUACAGAUAGGAGUGCAUACAUAGAUGGGUACUACUGUAGAGUUGUUUUAAGGUACUGUGAGUUGCUGUGGUAGACAGAGAAUUAACUGUCUGUCAGGCAUGAAUGUUGUCUCGCAGAUACUGUAUUCAAAGGGACACUUACCGUUAAGUGUCAUAUGUACACACCAACACGCUCUACUUUGAGCGGAACGGUAACCUAAUACGCUGCCAAUUGCAGCGCCUCCUGUUAUCAGUUCAAACCGAUUGGUGAGGCUUGAAGUCUGUUUCAGUCAGUCCUGUAGUCGCUCACCUUGCCUCUGAGUUGCACCAGUCUAGCACUGUAUCUGUUGCAGGCGGCACGAUCUAUCUGCGUUAGGGAUCGAGUGUCUGCUUUGUCCUUUCUGCUCUAUCCACACGCCAUACGAUGUGUUUUGUUAAUUUUGUUGUAGAUUCUACAAAAUACAAAGAAUAGAAUACACAUGCUGGUUAAUACGAGGUGAAUUGAUUUUUCUAUAUGUGUAUGUUACCUCUUUGUAACAACAUCCCACCACCACUGAAUAAUAAUACAACACAGGUCAAAGCUUCAAAUAUUUUAGUGAUUGUAUUUUUUUCUCUCUCAAAGCUUGGAUGUGCAUUGACAUGUUUCAUGCGGUCUCCUCAUAGAGAACAGUGUUGAUUGGACUACCAGACUCUUUUGCCCUGUCUUGUGUAUUUUUUUAUUUAUUUUUUGCGCUCUUAUCUAAUUUUACAUGUUAGUGCCCAGAGUUUGUGUGAGUCAGGUAACUUGGCUAGGAAAAAAAAUCCUUGUCUUUACCACUGAAGUGAACCUGGUGUCAAAGACACCUAAAGCACUCCCAUUGCUUAGCAGUGUAUGGGAACUCUCUCAAACAUACUAGCUAACUCUGCCUAGAAACAUAUCCACAAGCAAUUACACAUUUUAUGAAUUUUUCUGUAUUUUUAUAAAACAUUUAAACAUCGAAUCCCAACUGCAUUAAAGUUGAGUGACGAAGUGCAGCAGCUUUCCGAAUCUGCUGUGCAAUGGGAGAAAUGGUACCAUGGCCUCAAUGUCUGUUCGAUAUAAUUCCCUUACCCCCGCCCCCCCUCCCCAGACAGGUCAUGGCUAGAAAGGAUCCAGCUUUUGUCAAAUUAACAUCAGAUUUGACUUUUCGUAGCAGGUCAGAACAUACACAGCAGGUUCUGAGAAUUAGGUUAGGAAAAGGGUUAGGGUUAGUUAAAAUGAAGGGGAAAAAUAUACUUUUGAUUUUUAAUUUGACAAAGCUAGAUCCCUUCUAGCCUUGACCCCCUAGACAGGAUAUACACUCAUGCCAAACAAUCUCGAUCACUACUACGAUCAUCACCCCCCUCCUGUCUACAGUAUGGAAAGUGUCUGGAUACAUGUGUAUUUAAAUGUCUUUUUCGGUGUUCGUUUUUUUCUGUAUUGCAGAAAUGAGUGCUAUCCAGUUGCAAUGGGUUGUAAAAUAAACUGACAUUUCAAUGACUAUA